UGUGUAAGUGUGAGCACAGAGGUCUGCUUCUGCUGCUUCUCCUGAUGUCAGGCACAGACACGUUUGAGUAGACAGACAGAGAGAGAAAGAGAAAGAAAGAAAGAGUGUGUGUUUGGAGCUCAAGCACCUCACUUCAUCUGCCAGUGUAUGAGGUCACUGCGCCUCUGGAUACGAGACUCAUCUUUCCUCCACCAGGACGAUCUGGGUUGAAACGAUGGUUCGUUAGAAAAGGGGUCAAGCUGAAGGUCAAGGUGAGAAAGUAGAGAAGAAAGCGAAAAACACGAUAAAGCCAACAUGAACCCCAUACGCAAAGACAUGGGGCUGCUGAGUAACAGCAUGGCUACGUACGCUCAUAUAACAGAGAACAUGGAGAGCUUCGCGCUGUACUUCGUGUUGGGUGUGAGUUCAGGUCUUCUGCUGGCCCUGGUCCUCCUCAUACUGGGCAUCGCCUGCCGACCGCGUUCAAAAACAAAAACAAAAACACCCUCCUCACCCGACAAGAGACGACUGAAAGAAUCCAGCGGGGAGGACGAAGACAAGGAAGAGGACCAAAGUGAGGAAGGAGAUGACGAGGACCUACAAGUCCCAGUGGUUGCAGUGAGUCCCACGAGCGAUCAGACCCUGCUGAACGGAACCAUUAAGAGUGUGAAUGUGUUCGCUUCAGCGGACGAGCUGGAGAGAGCCAGGAGACUGGAGGAGAGAGAACGGAUCGUCAGGGAGAUCUGGAGGAACGGACAGCCGGAUAUACUAGUCACCGGCACAGGCACACUCGGACGAGUUCACUAUCUCUAGCAGUGUUUUGUCUUCUGGACGCAGUGGGUUCAUGUAGCUAUGGAAUGCACCUGAACAUUUAUCUGUGCAAUAGAUUUGGGUGUAACGUACCUUUAAACUGGUAAGAAUUGAGGACGCUUUUAAAAAUAAGGCUGAUUUUAAGAACAUUUAAGUGGUGCAAUGGAAAGUUUCCAUGGAUGUUAAAGGUUGUUCACUGAGCAACUAAUGCCAGUAAAGAACCUUUAUUUUUAAGCUUAAUUUUAUCUGCAUUAUCUGUUUUGAAGUUGUUUUCACAAUACCCUUGCUUGUCUUCUAAAUAAGUUUUGAUUCAAUUUUUUUGUUGUUGCAUUUUUAUAUCUAUAAAUACAUUUUAGCACUUAAUUUUUGUAUAUAUUAUAUAUAAUGUAUUUUCUACAUGAAAAUAAAACCAAAGAUUUUCACCUAAUUUAGUGCAUCAUAAAUGAAAAAGUGACAGUUGUGUCGAGAAGAUACAUUCCAAAGGAAGAGGGGGCCUUCGCCUUCCAUUAAUGCCUGCUCACAUAUUAGGGUCCACACCAAACUCACAGUAAAAUUGCUUUUAAUAAGCUGUUCAUGGUCUUCAGAAUUGACGUUGGCGCAAUGGAUAAGACACAUGCCUUUGGUGUGAGAGACCCAGGUUCGAAUCCACUGUGAGACACCGAUGUGUCCCUGAGCAAGACACUUAACCCCUAGUUGCUCCAGAGGCAUGCGACCUCUGACAUAGCAAUUCUAAGUCAGUUUGGAUAAAAGCAUCAGCUAAAUGAAUACAUUUAAAUGUAAACACAUUGUAAAUUGAAUCCUUAAACAGCUCACAUCACAUUGUUAAACCUGUAUACCUCUUCAUAAAAAUCACUAAAAGGCUGCAGCUGUUGAGAGCAGCUGUUCCAAUGACAAGGCCAAAGCAAUUCAAAACAAAAUGAAGACGGGUUUUAUUUCAAAUUCACCAUGGAGACUGAAAGCACAGUUAACAGAUUAUAAAUGUUAACAGAACGUUAUGUCACAGCAUUACAAUAACGUCACAAAGCAGAAAAGAGCACAGCCGAGUCCCCCAGUUACAUCCUUACAGCCCAGCGUACAGAGAUCAGUGGAAGAAAAAUCUAAACAUGCAGCAUGAACUAUUUUACUAUUUGUUUGAUAAACACAAUAAUGCAAUAAAUGCAUCAUUAAAAGCUUCAUCUUGCAUGUUCUAUUAUUAUCUACCGUUUAAAAUCUGAUCAAUAAUGAGCUUUUUUUGUUGCUCAAAAUUAAAAAAAAAAAAGUUUUAUGCUUCACAAACUGGACUUUUUUUUUUGUCAUUAGUGGCAUAAUUUAAGGUAAGAAUAUGAAUUAAAUUGGAUGAGAAUCAAUGGGUUAGGAAGAAUGAAUCUGUACAAUUUUAACAAUUUUCUGGAGAAUAUCGGCCCAGGACACAGUGCAUUGGUCCACAAGGGAUAUGCUCCAAUGAGACUGAACCAUACACCAAAAGGGAAGAAAUAUAAAAGAUUUCAGCAUGUAUACAUUAAACUUACAUG